UAGGUGGCACUAGGGAGUGACCGGGUUAUGCGCGAGACGUUCCUCUUCCUUCUCCUUCCAAAGCUUAGCUCAGAGCCGGAGGAAGCUCCGAUCCUCCUUCUACACUACCAAUGUCCUUCGUCUCUCGCUCCAGCAGUCUCUCCCUCCACGACCGUCGCUCACCGCAUUACCGUCGCUCCGCCUUUGGAGCCAGGCCGCACCGCCUCUCGUUCCCCGCCGAUCGCCGGAGGUUCAAGCUCCGCCGCCUCGGGAGCAUCGACGCGUGGUUCGCGGUCCGUUGCUCGCUGCGUGGCCGCGGAAGUGGAGCGGGACGCGGCGGUUUCGAGAGCGCUCGGAGUCGGCUGCGGUCGGUCGCUUCGUUUCUGCCCGGAGGCGGUUGGUGGAGCUUGCGCGGUGAUCGGGAGGGCGCGGGAGCUGCAGAUGCCGAGGCGGUCUCCGUGGCGACCGCUCUGCGUUGGAUUUGGGGCUUGGUUGCUGAAGAUAGACUGGUGAUUUGUGUUGCGUUUGGCUCUCUCGCAGUCGCUGCGCUUUCAGAAAUCACAAUGCCAAGCCUACUGGCAGCUUCCCUAUUCACUGCGCAGAGUGGUUGCGGAGCCCUGUUUUAUAGGCAGGUCCGGCUUUUGGGUAUACUGUGUUGCACUUCAGGAAUAUGCAGUGGCUUGCGCAGUGGAUGCUUUGCCAUUGCAAAUACAAUCUUGGUCAAGCGUCUCCGGGAAACUAUAUUUUCGUCACUUCUUUUUCAGGAUAUAGGUUUUUUCGACACAAAACCAGUUGGUGAUCUGACGAGUAGGCUCGGAUCAGAUUGUCAACAACUGUCUCAUGUUAUUGGGAACGAUAUGAACCUAAUUAUACGAAAUGUCCUUCAGGGGACAGGAGCAUUGGUUAAUUUGCUCAGUUUGUCAUGGCCCCUUACGAUGUCAACAUUGGUUAUAUGCUCAGUCCUAUCUGCAAUCUUUUUGGUUUACGGCCGGUACCAGAGGAAUGCCGCGAAGUUAAGCCAAGAAUUUACUGCCAAAGCCAACGAAGUUGCUGAAGACACUCUUACCUUGAUGAAGACUGUCCGAGUUUAUGGAACAGAAGGAAUGGAAAUUGGAAGGUAUAAGCUAUUGCUUGAGAGGUUAGGUUCUGUAAGCAUUCGUGAAGCUGCGGCUUAUGGAUUAUGGAAUCUGAGUUUCAACACCCUUUAUCGUUCAACACAGGUUUUGGCAGUGCUGUUAGGAGGAUUGUCCAUUCUAACAGGCUACGUGUCCCCUGAGCAACUUACUAAGUAUAUCUUAUACUGCGAGUGGAUGAUUUAUGCAACUUGGAGGUUGGUGGAUAGCUUAACGUCAUUGUUGCGGUCCAUCGGAGCUAGCGAAGAGGUUUUCCAUUUAAUGAGCCUGUCGCCAAGUCAUCAGUACCUGUCAAAAGGGUUGAAAAUGCGAAAGCUAAGGGGACACAUUCAGUUCGUUAAUGUUUCCUUCCAGUAUCCUUCAAGGAUUACGGUACCAGUUCUAGCAAAUGUUAACUUCUCUAUACAACCAAAUGAAGUGGUUGCAAUCGUUGGUGCAAGUGGUUGUGGAAAAAGCUCAUUACUUGGUCUUUUGCUUCGUUUCUAUGAGCCAGUUGAUGGUCAGAUUUAUAUUGAUGACUUCCCCAUUAAGGAAUUGGAUAUAAGAUGUCUCAGAGGAAAAAUUGGAUUUGUGGGACAGGAACCUCAUCUCUUUCACAUGGAUAUCUCAUCAAACAUUAGCUAUGGAUGCUCUAGAAAUAUCAAUCAGGAAGAUGUAGAAUGGGCUGCAAAGCAAGCUGGUGCCCACGAUUUUAUUUCAUCUCUUCCCGAUGGAUAUCAGACCGUCGUUCGUGAUGGCUUGCUCAGCGGCGGACAGAAGCAGAGAAUUGCUAUUGCUAGAGCCAUCCUGAGAGAUCCUGCUCUUCUCAUCCUGGAUGAAGCGACCAGUGCCCUGGAUACAGAAAGUGAACAACGAAUCAAGGACCUAGUCUUCAAUAAAACAGAGAGAACCGUCAUUGUCAUAGCACACAGGCUCAGUACUGUUGAAAAUGCCGAUAGAAUCAUCAUGAUGGAUGGUGGUCAAGUUGUGGAGGUGGGAACACACAAGGAACUCCUCCUGAGGGAUGGCUUCUACGCUCGCCUGAUCAAAUAUCAGCAAGAUUCAAUUGGGUUCUGAUUUGGGAAGACGAUGCUAGAAGGACGAGCAUAUCGGAACUUUUGACCACAGGUGCGCAG